AUGCUUGACAGCUCAAUGUGUGCUCCAGAGUUUAACACCAACAACAACAACAACACGACCACCUUCUCACAGAUUUUGGUAAUCUCAUCCAUUGGCUUGCUCUUAGCCCUUGCUCUGCAUUACCAUCUCAGGAAGAUACGUCACUCCAAGAACAUCCCUCGUCUCAGACGGUCUCACAAACACAAAGGCCAUGAGAAGCUUGAGAGAUUCUCUCACUACGUUGUGCGGCAAAUGGGAUUCAAGGACAGGAGAGAAUGUCCUCAUCUCUGCAAAUUAGCCAAUGAGUACAUAAGGAAAUCAGGUUGCUGCGAGGAAGACAUUUACAGCUUCUUCUCUGAAGAGCCUAAUGCUGAUACUCUCUUCAUCAAGCUCGUUGAGGAGUUUGAGAGAUGUAUUCUCAGUUACUUUGCUUACCACUGGAGCCAUGCAGAUCUCAUGAUCAGUCAGAUACUCAGCGCUGAUGUUGAGCCCAAGAAGAAGCUCAAGCACAUUGUCAUGGCAGCAACAAGGGAUCAGAGGUUUGAGAGGGUGACUAAGAAUCUAAAAGUGGCAAGAGUGUUCAACACAUUGGUAGAGGAAAUGAAAGCAAUGGGGAUAGCAUCUGUUGAUGACUCGGAAUGUACAGAAGUGAUGGCUCCAGUUGCACACAAGGACAGAAGCCCUGUUCUACUCCUUAUGGGUGGUGGUAUGGGUGCAGGAAAGAGCACUGUCCUUAAAGAGAUUCUCAAAGAACCAUUUUGGGCAGGAGCAGAUGCUGUGGUGAUCGAAGCUGAUGCUUUCAAAGAAUCUGAUGUGAUAUACAGAGCUCUAAGCUCCAGAGGCCAUGCUGAUAUGAUCAAGACUGCUGAAUUCGUUCACCAAUCAUCAACAGAUGCAGCAUCAUCACUACUAGUAACAGCUCUCAACGAAGGGAGGGAUGUGAUAAUGGAUGGAACACUCUCGUGGGUACCAUUUGUGGUACAGACCAUAACCAUGACGAGGAACGUGCAUCGCCACCGUUACAGAAUGGGAGCUGGCUACAAGGUUGGUGAAAACGGAGACGUCAUAGAGAACUACUGGGAACGCAUAGGGGAAAGACAACAGCUGCAAGAGGAUGGGAAGGAGAGAAAGCCAUACAGGAUAGAGUUAGUUGGAGUUGUCUGCGAUGCCUACUUAGCAGUGAUUCGCGGCAUUAGGAGAGCAAUAAUGUGUAGAAGAGCAGUGAGGGUGAGAUCUCAGCUGAGAUCUCACAAGAGGUUUGCAGAUGCGUUUCUUACUUAUUGCAACUUAGUUGACAAUGCUAGGCUUUACUGCACCAAUGCUCUUGAAGGUUCUCCAAAGAUGAUAGCAUGGAAAGAGAAGGAGAAGACAUUAUUAGUGGAUCCAGAGGAGAUAGACUGUUUGAAGAAUGUAGGGAGGCUAAACGAGAAUGCAGAGUCAAUUUACGAGUUAUACAGAAGACCAAACCCUGCUUGUGAAGCUGGAUCAAUAUGGAAAGACAUUGUUCUGUCUCCUUCCAGGUUCAACAUUCAGCAGGAGCUCAAAUACUCAAUCCAGAAAGUGGAGAGAUUCAAACAGUAUCUUCAGGAUACACCAAAGUCAGAAACAGAGCAAAAAGAUGUAACUUCCUAGCUUUUGUUUCCUAGCUAUGUUACCC